AUGGCUACUGCCUUCAAUAGUGCAGUCCAGGUCUCCUUGAAUCUAGGCUCCCUGCUUGUAGAGUAUGAUAAUGACACUGAAGUCUUCCGUCAGCGCUUCAGGCAGUUCCAGUACAAAGAAGCAGCAGGGCCUCGUGAAGUUUUCAACAAACUCCGGGAGCUUUGCGAUGAAUGGCUGAAGCCAAAGAUGCGUUCUAAGGAACAAAUGGUGGACCUUCUAGUUUUGGAGCAAUACCUGAAAAUUAUGCCCGCUGAGGUAGAGACCUCAGUGAAAGAUCAAUGCCCAGCGGCUACGGAAAGUGUUGUGUCACUAUUAGAAGGAUUAGACACCAAACUGGAGACACCAGAGCCACAGAUCGAUAGGCAGGAGAUGCUCUUGGAAGACCCAGCAGCAGUUGGAAUGGCACAUGUGGUACCAGACAUCUACCUGGAGACACUCCCACCCCAAGCAAUGGGACCUGUCCCUGAGACCCCAGUAGCAGAGGCGCAGAUCCCACAGGCAGGGCUGCAGGAGCUGAGCAAUGGUGCCACUUGGGAAGGCCAGGCCUUUUGGGACCCUGGUUUACCAGAAGACUUCGAACUGCCAAAAAGUCUGCUGGGAAAUCCUGCAGAGCAGCUACCCAGAGAGCACACAUUGCCUGUCUACGACCAGAACCCCUUUCCAGAAGAAAGAGCUGAGAUAUCCAACCAGGAAGAACCUCUCAGCCCCAGAGCCCAUGAGCAAAACCAUGCCCAAAAGAGCCCACACCAGUGUCUUCACUGUGGGAAAGAAUUUGUUUCCAAUAAGGUACUUAAUGGGCACCUGAAAAUUCAUGCAGGAGAUCUCCCUCAUGAGUGCCUUGAAUGUGGGAAAAGGUUCCUUCGUAAGUCCAACCUACAAAGGCAUCUUCGAGUUCACAGAAGGGAGGCACCCUAUAAAUGCAAUGGGUGUGAGAAGCAAUUCAGUCAGUUGUCACACUUCACAGAACACCAGAAAACCUCUUCUGGUCAAGAAGUAUACAUUUGCCCUGAGUGUAGGGAGCGUUUUUGCAAUAGAAAAGGUUUUGUAAACCACCUAAAAAUCCACACAAAUGGAAAACCUUUUAAAUGUCACAGUUGUGGAAAAACAUUUAAUCGACAAAGAGACCUUAGUGUGCACUACAGGACGCACACUGAAGAGAGACCAUUUAUGUGUGAGUAUUGUGGGAAGAACUAUAGACAUAGAUCAAGCCUUGUUUUUCAUUUAAGAAACCAUUCAGAGGAGAAGCCAUAGAAGUGCAUUCAUUGUUUUUUACAAGCUUCAUAA